CACCGGUUGAUGAUCCGCUCGCGACUCACUCAUUCAGUGUCUUUUAACAAAGAACAAUAAAACGCACGUCUCAACCGGACACGUUACACACGUUUAUGCUUUUGCGUUAACAUUAGUCCUCAUACUCCUCUAACAGAGACUGGGCUGAUCACUGCGGACCGGCGCACAUCUGCAUCACCGGCGAAUUCCUCCAGCGGGAGCCGGUGAAGAGAGCGAAGCCGCCUUCAUUCAUUCCCCGUCAGUCCGCUUCAGGCCACCGGCGACAGCAUGAGCCAGAGGUUCACGGUGACGGCCGGUGACAUCCAGGGGGAAGUGAACCAGCUGUUCGAGGGCGACGAGGCGACACCGAGCGCGUCCGACGCCGCGGCUGCUGAAGGCUCCGGGAGAGUGGUCAACACCACCUGUCCACCCAAGAAAGGAGAUGGGAACCCCAAGGAGAGCAGUCCAUUCAUCAACAGCACCGACCCAGAGAAGAACCAGCAGUAUGACGGCAAGAACAUGGCCCUGUUUGAGGAGGAAAUGGACACAAUUCCCAUGGUAUCGUCUCUUCUCAGCAGUCUCGCCAACUACUCAAACCUGCCGCAGGGCAGCAAAGAACAUGAGGAGGCGGAAAACAACGAGGGCUCGCGCAAGAAACCUGUCCAGGCUCCACGGAUGGGCACGCUCAUGGGCGUCUACCUGCCCUGCCUGCAGAACAUCCUGGGCGUGAUUCUGUUUCUCAGGAUGACCUGGAUGGUGGGCAUCGGCGGGGUCAUUGAAGCCUUCAUCAUCGUCCUCAUGUGCUGCUCCACGACGAUGCUCACUGCCAUCUCCAUGAGUGCCAUCGCCACAAACGGCGUAGUGCCAGCUGGAGGCUCCUAUUACAUGAUCUCUCGUUCUCUGGGCCCUGAGUUUGGAGGAGCUGUAGGCAUCUGCUUCUACUUGGGCACCACCUAUGCUGGAGCAAUGUACAUCCUGGGCUGCAUCGAGAUCCUGCUGGUGUACAUUGUACCACAAGCGGCCAUUUUUAAGAUGGAAGGUCUGGAGGGAGCCGAGGCCGAAUCCGCCAUGCUGAACAACAUGCGUAUUUACGGCACGCUAGUGCUGAGUUUCAUGGCCAUCGUGGUGUUUGUAGGAGUGAAGUACGUGAACAAGCUGGCGCUCCUCUUCCUCGCCUGUGUCAUCUGUUCGAUUCUCGCCGUCUACGCUGGAGUGAUCAAGACCGCCUUCGAGCCUCCAAUCUUCCCAGUGUGUGUGCUGGGAAACCGGACUCUGGUUUGGAAAGGUUUCGAUGUGUGUGCGAAGGUCAUCGAGAGAGAAAACGCCACGGUCACCACCGAACUCUGGCGGCUCUUUUGCGACUCUGAGUUCCUGAACGCAACCUGCGACAGCUAUUUCGCCAAUAACAACGUCACAGAAAUACAAGGCAUCCCAGGUGUUAUGAGUGGCACCCUGCGCGAGAACCUCUUUGGGAAUUAUAUGGAAAAGGGUUCAUUCAUUGAGAAGUUGGGAAUAACAGCUGUGGAGGAACCUGACUCCAUCCCGACCAACACUAACCGCUAUGUGCUCGCUGACAUCACCAGUUUCUUUACCAUGCUGGUGGGCAUCUACUUCCCCUCCGUGACCGGGAUCAUGGCUGGAUCAAACCGAUCCGGUGAUUUGCGGGAUGCCCAGAAGUCCAUUCCCGUCGGCACCAUCCUGGCCAUCACCACCACUUCCAUCAUCUACAUGUCCAGCGUGUUGCUGUUUGGCGCCUGCAUCGAGGGAACGGUGCUGAGGGAUAAGUUUGGUGAGGCCGUCAGGGGUAAUUUGGUGAUCGGGACGCUGGCGUGGCCGUCGCCCUGGGUCAUCGUCUUCGGCUCCUUCUUCUCCACCUGCGGUGCAGGGCUUCAGAGCUUGACCGGCGCUCCUCGUCUCCUACAGGCCAUCGCACGAGACGGCAUAGUGCCGUUCCUCAGGGUGUUUGGCCAUGGAAAAGCAAACGGGGAGCCCACCUGGGCAUUGCUCCUGACCGCUUGUAUCUGUGAGAGUGGAAUCCUCAUCGCUUCUCUGGAUAACGUCGCUCCGAUUCUCUCCAUGUUUUUCCUCAUGUGCUACAUGUUUGUGAAUUUGGCCUGUGCUGUUCAAACUCUACUCAGAACGCCCAACUGGAGACCACGAUUCAAGUUCUACCACUGGACUCUAUCCUUCCUCGGCAUGAGUCUUUGUCUCUCGCUCAUGUUCAUUUGUUCCUGGUACUAUGCCAUCGUUGCCAUGGGGAUCGCCGGCUGUAUCUACAAGUAUAUCGAGUUCCGAGGGGCGGAAAAGGAAUGGGGUGAUGGAAUAAGAGGUCUGUCGCUCAGUGCGGCCCGCUUCGCCCUGAUGAGGUUGGAAGAGGGACCACCACACACCAAGAACUGGAGACCUCAGAUAUUAGUCCUGGUCAGCAUGGACUCUGAACUGAAUGUGGAGCAGCCGCGUCUGCUGUCUCUGACCAGUCAGCUGAAGGCUGGGAAGGGUCUGACCAUCGUGGGCGCAGCGCUGGAGGGAACUUACCUGGAGAACCUUCCUCAGGGGCAGCAGGCCGAACAGUCUCUGAGGAAGCUGAUGGAGGCAGAGAAGGUGAAGGGUUUCUGUCAGGUUGUCAUCUCCUCCAACAUGAGGGAUGCCACAUCACACUUGGUACAGGCCGGAGGGUUGGGUGGUCUUCAACACAACACCGUUCUGGCCAGCUGGCCACGCAACUGGAAACAGGCCGAGGAUCAUCAGAGCUGGAGAAACUUCAUUGAGCUGGUAAGAGAAACCACCGCUGCCAGUAAAGCCCUGCUGGUGCCCAAGAACAUCUCGGCCUUCCCAUCGAACGGAGAACGCUUCACAGAGGGUCACAUUGACGUCUGGUGGAUCGUACAUGAUGGAGGCAUGCUGAUGCUGCUCCCGUUCCUCCUCCGCCAGCACAAGGUUUGGAGGAAGUGCAAGAUGCGCAUCUUCACUGUGGCCCAGAUGGACGACAACAGCAUCCAGAUGAAGAAGGACCUGACGACCUUCCUGUAUCACCUGCGCAUAGACGCCGCAGUGGAAGUGGUGGAGAUGCAUGACAGUGAUAUCUCAGCGUACACGUAUGAGAAGACCCUGGUGAUGGAGCAGCGAUCUCAGAUCCUGAAGCAGAUUAACCUCACCAAGACUGAGCGUGAACGCGAGAUCCAGAGCAUCACUGACAGCUCUCGUGGGUCGAUCCGUCGCAAGAACCCGGCCGCGGUCACAACCCAGCUGAGUGUGACUGAGGAACCUGCGGCCAGCAGCAAAGAGGAGAAACCAGAAGAGGAGUCUGUCCCUGUGUCCCCAUCCCAACAGGAACAGCUCAUUCAUGACAAGAGUACCAACCCGCCCACCCCGGCCACGCCCCAGUCCCCCACCGCAGAGGCCGAGACGCCCGGCACGGCCGUUCAGAUGACAUGGACUGAAGCCAAGUGUGAUGGAGAGCAGGCCAAACCUAUAGGAGCCACCACACCAGAGGCCAUCAAAGACUUCUUCAACAUGAAACCAGAGUGGGAAAAUCUAAACCAGUCCAAUGUGAGGCGCAUGCACACCGCACUCAGACUCAAUGAAGUCAUCAUUAAGAAAUCCCAGGAGGCCAAACUAGUCCUGCUCAACAUGCCCGGACCACCAAAAAACAGAAGCGGCGACGAGAACUACAUGGAAUUCAUGGAGGUUUUAACCGAAGGUCUCAACCGGGUCCUCCUUGUGCGAGGUGGAGGUCGCGAGGUCAUCACCAUCUACUCUUAAGAAACUAGUCGACGUCACCCCAUCCCAUUUGCCCCCCUUCCCCAGUGUGACCCAAGCAAUAUCCCAGAAUUUCCUUCAGUCAACCAGCUUCAUUUGUUCUACUGGUCUGCCAAGCUCUCACCGGCCAAACAUCGCUCUUCUUGGCGCUACUCUCGUUAACACUUUACUGUUCAAUGAAGUGCACUGUUGAUGUCAGUGGGUAUUUGUUCAAUGCCCCCUCUGCUGUAGCUUUCCUGCAUCAUCUGUCAAUCACUGCUCUCACCCAAUCAGGAGAAGCGGGUGGGUUGGGCUUAAUUUGUUUUUAUUUAUUUGUUUUAAAGAAGAGGAUGAAAUGUCAGUGAAGAAGGAUUCAACAUUCAUAACUACGCCAGAGAUGCUGUGAAAUAUUUCUGCUCUGAUAGAGAACGAUCUCCUGAUAACCUUGGGAAAAGAUUUUUUAAUGGUUUGAACUCAAUCCUUUUGGUCUGCAGCUUCGUUAAAUGUGAAAAGAUUAAUAAUGAGUUUAUUCAAGAAAAAAAACAAACUAAUGUGAACUGUGAAAUGUGAAGUUUAAAGUCAACAUGAAAUCAAACUUGGACAUAUUUACUUUUGUAAACGAUUCAUUGGUGCAUGUUUUUUCUCAAAAGAAAAAUAAAGUUUGUCUUUGUAAUCAAAAUAUAAAAAUUCCUCUGAAAACCUCUGAAACAACUCUAAUCCAAAAUCCAUCUUAUUUUUCAACCCUCAAUCAAAUCUCUAGCCCAUUUUUUGGAUAUCUUCCCAAGUUUCGCUUAUUACUGAAGUAAAAUGGUUUGCGAAUGACAUUUCAUGUUGACUUUAAGCAGGUUCCUCUGCACAAAGACCUGUUGUUCUGUGUUUGUUUUGUCUCAUUGACCUCCUCCAUGUUUUUGGUCGUUCCUAGCUAUCCCCCUGCCAAAUACAGUCACAAUAUGUGCCAAAAACAAGGCUGGCAGGGUGUGUGACUUGCUGUUUGACAGCAAAGCAGCGAACAAGAGUCUAUCAGUGUAACCAACACUGUAAUUAGCGAAAGAAUGAGCUAAAAAAAAAAAGACAGACAAAGAAAAAAUUACUCAGCCACUAGUAGUGUAAAUAGUGUAUAAGGCAUUAUUUAACAUUGUUGUAGUAUUUUUAUUGUGAAAUAACCGAAGAUUUUGGUGAAGAAAUGCUGUUAUCUUAAGGCCAAUUCACACUGUAUCGACAGACCAGAUUACAGCAUGUUCAAUCGGCGAAAACAAGCUCUGACAGACGGCAACAGACUUUGACAGGGAUCUGACAAAACCAGACGAAGUGUCUGACGGCAUCUGUUGGUGCGGUGUAAAUUGGCCUUUACAGGGUCAGGGUGUUUUGUGCGACUACAGGCUUCACUAUGGCGGCUUGAAGUGUACUACGGUACCAAACCUCCCCUCCCCAACAAGCACUCAACCUGCACUGACAGCCACUGUGUAACAAAUGAUUUAAUGAGUCUGUGGAUUCAUUAAAUGAAUGUGUGUGUGUGUGUGUGUGUGCAUGUGUGCGCGAAUUGCAUCCUUGAGCAAAUGAAAGUUGCCCAUUUCUUUAGUUUUUUCCCAUUUCGCUAUAAAGAAAACCUCUAUGUUUGUUGUAUUUACAGACAAAUCUGUAUAAAUUAGCUAUAUCAUAGACAAAAUCUAUACUGAACUUGGUGGGGUACACCGGAAAUGUCACAGAGCUAUAUAUAGAGUAUUAUCGUAUCUGAUUGUAUUGCCAAACUUUGAUUUCACUCGUGCCAUAUGAAUGAAAAUGUGAAGUUGUCAAUAGAAACAAAUAUUGAUAACAUUGCCACUUUAAACACUAAUGCUGCAUUCACUUUAUUAGUUACUGACUAGCUUCUUUAACAAGUUAUAUUAUAUGAAGGAUCCAACUCCAUAUAAAACAUCCAAAAUGGCAGUGGCUUCAACAGUUUGAGAUGUCAUUUUGUGAUACUGUGCUGUUGCGAGAAGUGAAUUUAUGUGAUUUUGAAGAAGUAGAUUGCUGUCAUUAUCAACAAAGCCACACAUGGAUCCAUUUUGGCAUUAUGGGGUUUGCAAUAGUAGCGAAUCAUUUCUGAGUCCAUAAACAGCUCAGAAUCGUUGUCGUUUGGUAAUUACAGUAAUUCUGACGCGACAUGAACGCAGCAUUAGAUUGAGCUGUUAUCACACUAGUAAAAGCAUGAUGGUUCAAAUAACAUCCAUAAAUCUGAACUCUAUGCAGUGCGACUGUAAUGUAUUUGCCAAAUCACAAAACAAUGAGAUGCAAAAUUAAUCAGAGAUGAUCCUCGGUCUUCAUUUUGACCAGAGAAAAGUAGAGUUUAGAUCAGAAAGUGUAUUUUUAAAAGCAUAAUAUAUGUGAAAUUGGGAAAUCAUAAAAUCAUUGCAUUAUUUAUUUUUGUAGAGAUAUAGGCUAUUUUAUAGUCUUUUUUUACAGAAAUACCAACAGAUGCAUAUAUAUAUAUAUAUAUAUAUAUAUAUAUAUAUAUUUAGGCAUAUAUAUAGGCAUAUAUAUAUAUAUAUACACACAUAUAUAAUUAAAAGAAAGUAUAUACAGUAGUUUAUAAAGAUAUUACAGAUUCUUUUAUGUUUAAACAUGGGAAAACCUCUCAUAAGAUAUGAAUGAUGCUGCUAGUGUAUGAAUAUAUAUGGAUUGUUCGUGUACAUAGAGCGAAAGAAUAAAUAUUUAAAGGUAUAUUUACGAGGGGAGGGGUUGACGCCGAGUUUGCAUACCAGUCCUGGCGUUUGCAUCGAAAACGACUUCAGCCUUAUAUAAUCAGCUUCAUCAUGUUUUGUUUCUUUUAUAUUUCCUCAUUUCGUUGAACAGUGGUAAUUUCAAGUGAAAACAACAUUCACUGAAUCUGAACAAAACGCAAAAUGUGCAUCGAAACGCCACGUUUUUAACGAAGUACUGCCUGCGUAGACUGAGCCUCUGAUGACGUUUCGACAAUUAGUUUAGAUGUUUUUGAUGAACACUUACAGUAUGCUUCGUUUUACUCCUGUUUGCAUGGUGUGUGUCGGAAAAAUGUGUUUUAAUUUUCGUAAUGUGAAAACAGCAACAAAAAACAGUGGAAAAUGUCAAGCAGUGUUGCCAAGUCCGCGGUUUUCCCGUGGAAUUGGGCUACUCUAACACUGUUGCUGCGGGUUGUUUUUCAUGUCCGCGGGUUGAAGCAACCCCAAAUAACGAUAUUUAGCCACUGGAAUGCAAAUUUUACCAGGGGAACCAAAACUGCUGAUUUUACCCCCCCGAAAUGCGACUGGGCUAGUUUUGGGCUAGUUUUGAGUAGCAAUUGGGUGGGUUUUUUUGUGAAAACCUGGCAACUCUGAUGUCCUGGCAGCAUUUUCAGAUUGUUGCCACGACUCAGCAGCAACUCUGCGUAUAUCCAGGCAAUGUGUACACUUAAAUUAGCGGGAUACUUGCAAGUUGUUUUUGGCUUUGUAUAUAAAAUCGCUCUUGAGACACUGUAGCUACAGGGUCGUCGUUCCCUGUUGUGUUUAUUAGGAUGCUUUUAGUACACACCGAAAAAAAAUGGUCUACAAACUUUUUUGUUUUCAACGGUAACGUGCAAUAUUUAUUUUGACUGGAAAUGGUAUGUAUGGCGUAUUUUUAGUUGCUAGUUCGCUCAUGAGUCUGCUUCUCGUAGAAUAGUCAUGAACCACGUAGUUCAUCGGCGCGCUUCGUAUGCUAGAGUGUGCGUCACAUCUGUUCUAUGGUGGCUGAGAUAGAAAUGCACUUUAUACAAAGUUAACGUUAUUUACGUCCAUAGUGACAGUGACGAUUGAGUUGGCAGAAUCAUGAGCAUGCCAGAUCCAUUUCAGCGCUGAUGCCUCUAGUGGCGAGAGUGUGUAUCGCAGAUCGCUGCAGUAACAUACUACCUGAACCUACUGAUUUUAUUAUGCUGUAAAAAUAAAAAAAAAACAUGUGUGUUUGCUGUUUAUUUGGCAUGAAUUUCUAGCAUUUCUUGUAAUUUAUUGAAAAUUACAAAAAGAGUACACGUAGAUGUAAAAAAAAAGAAGAAGAUAUAUUUCUAAUACGAAUCACUGAGUUGAUGUGGUGACAUUUCCCUCCCGCUUUUCAUCCCCUUCAUCGUUCCACUGUUCCAAACCUACGAACACUGUAUCGAUGUGAUCACCGUAUAAAUACUGAUUAAAGACUAUAAAGAAGCGCUUCCACUGCCGGGCUUGGCUCUAUUCAAACUGACAGUGGACACACCACAUUCACAGUGUAUCUUUUUUCCUUUAUUCACCAUCUCACGAUGAAUACCUGGCUUGUGUGUAGCAAAAAUGAAAUCAAGUGUUCUGUAUUCCUUUGCCAAGGAAUAUCGAGGCGUUCGACACAUCUCGGAAACAAAAAGGGCUCUGAAUAACAGUCUGUGCUUGGUUCUGAAGUUUGACCCGCGCCACUGGAUGCUCUCACCAAAAAAAAAAAAGUGAAUCUUGCUUCAAUCCUUCACUCUUGAAAAUAAAGUUUUUAUUCAUGGUUCUUUGCAGCAUUUUAGGUUCAGCAAAGAUCUUGCAACAUGAAAAUGUUCAUAUCGUAGGUUCUUCAGAUCAUUGUUUUGGUUUAUGGGUUCUUUUUCUUAAAGGAUUAGUUCACUUCAGAAUUACAAUUUCCUGGUAAUUUACUCACCCCUUUCUUUCUUCAGUCGAAAAGAAAUUAACGUUUUUGAGGAAAACAUUCCAGGAUUUUUCUCCAUAUAGUGGACUUCACUGGGGUUCAACGGGUUGAAGGUCCAAAUGUCAGUUUCAGUGCAGCUUCAAAGAGCUCUACAUGAUCCCAGACGAGGAAUAAGAGUCUUAUCUAGAGAAAACAUCGGUCAUUUUCUAAAAAAAAUAAAAAAUUAUAUACUUUUUAACCACAAAUGCUCGUCUUGCACUGCUCUGCGAUCCGCCACGCAUUAUGUAAUCACGUUGGAAAGGUCACGCGUGACGUAGGCAGAAGUACCGAUCCAGUGUCUACAAAGCGAACGUGCAAAGACUAAGUCAAACGACCUUUACAAAAAAAGGUAAAACAACGAUGUCGGACGAUUUUGAAGUUGGAGAAGAAAAUGAGAUUUCCUUUCCAACGUGAUUACGUAAUGCGUGGCGCAUCGCAGAGGUAGUUCAAGAUAAGCAUUUGCACUUAAAAAGUAUAUACAUUUUUAUUUUUUUAGAAAAUGACCGAUUGUUUCACUAGAUAAGACCCUUAUUCCUCAUCUGGGAUCAUGUAGAGCUCUUUGAAGCUGAAACUGGCAUUUGGACCUUCAACCCGUUGAACCCCAGUGAAGUCCACUAUAUGGAGAAAAAUCCUGGAAUGUUUUCCUCAAAAACCUUCAUUUCUUUUCGACUGAAGAAAGAAAGACAUGAACAUCUUGGAUGACAUGGGGGUGAGUAAAUUAUCAGGAAAUUUUAAUUCUGAAGUGAACUAAUCCUUUAAGAACAACAAGAUCUUAAAAUGGCACCAGACUGUAUAAAACCCUUGUGGUUCGUAUCGAAACCUUUAUUUUCAAGAGUUUAGUCCCAUGACGUUUAUCUCUGAGGUCACUUGAAGGCUUGUAUUUGUUUUGCUUGACAUUCCAGUAACUUUGGUGAAAACGGUACAGCUCUUCAUGCAUGUGAGCUCUGAUAGGGUCCAAAUGUUGAAAUCUGAAUCAAAUCCAUCUGAACCAGUUGAAAUAGAGCCAGGACCCGGGUCCGUUGUCCUGUUCAACGCAUGCACAUUAUCCUGAACAAGCUAAUAUAAAUAUAUAUAUAUAAAUAUUUAAAUGUUUUGUGAUAUACAGUAUUAUGUUCAUGCCAGUUUAUUUCAGCUGUUUUGAUUGUAAAUGUGUUAUUUUUACCAGAUGUUUGGUGUUCUUGUUGUGCACAACGAUUUCUUUGGAUCCACUAGUAUCUUAGUGUGAAUGAAUAUUGAUUGGUUAAUGGGGUCUAUUUUUACUAUAGGUAGUUUAGCCAAGACGAAGACCAUAUUGCUUUUACCACUGAGUUCAUUUAUUUAAAGAAGAACUGAUUACCAAAGUUAUUUAUGUUAACCUGGAUAUGUGUUUAGUCAUUCUGUCAUUCUGAAUGAAUCAAAAAGAAACUCGAGGGUCUGUUAUGUUAAGCUGUAAAAUCAUUAUUAUUAUUUCAUUUUUUACUUAUGCCUUAAAUGCACAAAUUGGCAGCUAUAUGUGAAAUAAUCUUCUAAAAGUGCAAUGCUUAUAGCUGAUUUUUUUUAAUUUCAUUAUUAAUAAUCUCAAGAUAUAGUCUAGUUUAUACUCAAAUUAAUCUAAAAUGACUCUUUUGUUUUUGUCAGCCUAGCCAGAUAUAAUUUGACUGCCUGAAAAUGCAUACACCAAAUUUUUAUAAAACAGUGACUCCCCUACUAAUUUGAUUGGACCAUUAUUUAUGUAUAAAAAUGUCUUGUUGCUUUAUUACAGCAUGGCUGCAAGUUAGAUCCAAAACAACUAAUCAUAAUCAUGCUUUGUCUUGGCUUUGCUUCUCUGAACAGCUGAUUGCAGAACAUGCGAGAGUCAUUGAGUCGCUCGCUAUGGGCUAUUCAGUGCUUGUAACGAAUUUUGCAAAUGAUAUUGCAAUUAAUUCUAGAACAGAACAUUAGUUUUACAUGGAAAAUGGCUGAAUCCCUCAGGCUUGUUUUUGAUUCAUUUGAAAUGAAAACAUUUUGUAUUUGAAAGGGAAUGUAGUGGAGAAGAAAUGAUUUUCAGAUCUUUCACAAUUAGAUUUUUUUUUUUUUUUUUUUUUUUUUUGUCUGUUUCAGGGUUUUAUGGUCAUAUUGCCAUGUAGUGUGUUCCUGUGUGUUUUUCAGUGGUGUGUGAGUGUGUGUGAGUGUGUGUGUGUGUGUGUACCGUGACGUACACACAGCAGAUCUGGGACCGCAGGCAAGGGUGGAUGAGGGUCCUGUAAAUAUAGCAGAACUAGUUAGUGUUGAGGUGUUUAUUUUUUGUGUCAGUGUAAGUUGAAUAUUUUAAAAAGAUAAAUAAUGAGUAUUCUCUAUUGUGUUUCAUGGUACAUAAAGAAAAUAAUGUAGUUUUAUCUUACAUUUCAAAUGCUUUAUCUCUAUGGCUUCUGCAAAACUCCCAUUCCAUUUUAUAGAUUUGUCAGCACAAAAUGCAAUAAACGAAUACCAUUUUAUUA